CGGGCUCAGGCUCGGACUCGGGCCCGGGCUCGGACUCUGGCUCGGGCGGGGGCUCGGGCUCAGGCUCGGACUCGGGCUCGAGUUCGAGCUUGGGCUCGAACCUUGGGGCUCGAGCUCGGACUCGAGCUGCGCGGUGCCCACGCUGCACCCGCACGCAGCGCUCGGCCCGCGCCCUCCAGCUCCGGUGGGGCCCUGCGCGGCGCGCGCCGGUGAUGGCCGGCGGCGGCAGGCUGCUGCAGCGGCUCCCAGGCUGCGCCGCCCGUGCCUGGCCGAGGCGGCGGCGGCGGCCGCCUUCGCUGCCAGCCGCCGCCGCCCCCGCCGCGGGGCCGCCCGCGGCGCCCGCCGCGGGGCCGGCCGACGAGGCGGCGCCCUCGACGCCGUGCGGCGCGGGGCCCGCGCACGCGCGGCUGGCGAGGGCCCUGGACGGCAUUGCUGCUGCGGUCGUGGCGCGUCACGGCGCCGCCGGCGCGGGCGCCGCCGCUGGGCCUCCCGGCCAGAGCGCGGCGGGCCCUGCCGCGGGAUGGGCCCGUGGCCGGCGGAUGGCGUGCUGGAAGCGCAGCUGGGUGCCUUCCGGGAGCGGCUGUCGCAGGACCGCAUCCUGAAGUGGCUGUACAGGCAGCGCGAGCUCAACAGGAGGAUCGCCCUGAUGAGCCAGCCGAGGCAAGAACCCGUAGAGGUGGAGGAGCUGCACCCUGCCAGCGUGCAGGCUGUCUUCGACUCCCUCACCGUGGACCCGGCACGCGAGCUGGCGGAGAUCCGCGAGGCUCGCACGGCCGACUCGUUGGGGCUGCACCUGGAGCGCAUGCUGGCGCUGCGUCCACCGCCGAGCGUGCGGGAGACCCUCUGCGGCGGCGCGCUGCGCGUGCUGCUCGUCCAGGGGCCUGGCGGUGGCCUGCAGGGCCAGGCGCGCGUGCUCUACGAGGCCCCCUCUGGAGUGGACCGCCCUGCGCUGCAGGCACGCCUGCAGGAGGCCGCGCCGGCGGUCUCGAGGGCGCUGGCCCGGCAGCUGAUGCUCACCGUGGCGCCGCGUCUGCACUUCGAGCCAGCUCCCGAGGGGCCGCCCAGCACCCUGGUGGCGGCGAGGCCGACGCUGUGGCGCACCGCCAAGCGUGAGAGGCGGGAGGCGGUGCACGGCGCCAUGCGCUCGUGGGUGGCGGACAUGAACUGGUGACCCGCGCAGCGAAGCUCCAGGCCUCCUAUAGGUGGGGUAGGAGUAGAUGGGCGAAGCGGAUGGCGGGCGCGCAGAAGGGUUGCGCAAAGGAUCGGCCUCCAUUCGCGGGCGACGAGCGGCGUAGCUCGCCGGCCCGACGGGCCAGAGGUGUGCUACAAUCUCCGGUAACAGUUUUUUGGUCUGCGGGGCGAGAGCGAGCCUCUUCCGCCAAAAGCUAGGCGGGCUACGCGCAGCUUUAAUUAAGGAGACAGGGCACAGGAAGGCGGGGCCUCAGGCGGCCGGAGCAGGUGGAGCCCGGGGUGCUAGACAAUCUCCGGUAACAGGUGAAUCGCAUGUCCGGUUCGCGCG